AUGAGUCUAAAUUUUGAUAUAAACUUUAAGGCAUAGCAGCAACAUUCAAAAGCUGAAAGGGGCACAAUAACUUUUGAGAAUAAUAAGGAGAAGCAAUUUAUCAUUUAAACUUGGAAAGGAUAGGUUGUUAAAAAAUCAAAGUUAAGUUGUCCAAAGGAUAGUUUAUUUAUUCCAAGUAUAAAUGCGAAAAAAUAAAUUCUUUUUGAUCAUCAGAAAUCUAUCAAACUUGCUUCUUAGCGUUCUACUUAAGAAUCAACUGAGAAAGGCUUAUUUAAUGAUAAAUUCAUCAAUUAAAAUCAAGAAAGAGCUAAAAUUUUGCAAAAAUUAUAUAACAUACGUCUGCAAAAUGUAAUGAUGAAGUAAAAAAAUAAAUCAUCAAAUGAUGUAUACAUGGAAUACUUAUAGGAAUAGAAUAUAAGUGUUGAUACUUAAAAAGUAAUGCUAAGUGAGAAAUUAAGAUACUGCCAAAAUGAAAUAGAUUAAGUAAAAUAAUGCUUAAUGAAAGAUGAGAUAAACUUAUAAGAAAAGCAAAAGGAAUUAGAGGGUUUGAAAUAACAAUUAAAAUUGGUUAAAGAUUCGAUAUUAUAAAUAAAAAAUUAAAAUGUAGACCGAACGAAAGAAAUAAUUUAUAAAAUGUAAAUAAACCAGGCCAAAGAAAAAUAAUUACUUACUUAAAUUGUUCAAUAUAUUGAGUUUUUGUAAGAUUAAUAUAGCAAUCAUUUGUAUGAAUUUAAAGAUUACUUACUAUAAUUAAGACUUAAUGUUAAUUAAAUAAGAAUGGAUUAAGAAUAUGAUAUAAACUAAUGA